AGAUAAACAGCGCAAUUAGCCUGCCAUGAAUUCGCUUGGCUUGCUACUUUUCUUUCUGACGCUUCGUACUGUAGAUGCUCUUAGAUGUUACAAUGAAGAAACUGAUGGAAAAACACAUCCAAAGCACAAGAUGGACUGCACACCGUAUGGAUCAGAAUACUGUGUAAAAGCUCAAGCAUACGGUGGUGGUGGAAUCUAUGAAGCAAUAUAUACAUGCGCCCAAGGCUUUCAGUGCACAAGCAAUGGUUGUAUUUCUCCUAGGAGAAAUGUGGUCAAGUGUUGCUGUGACAAGGAUCUAUGCAACUCUUCCUCAUUAUCUUCAUUUCUAUCGAUAGUCACGCUAAUAAUAGCGACUUACAUAAGCCUUUGAUUGACACAAUCUACCAUCUCCUCAGACGCCGGUUUCUCGAAUUCACUUUUGUAUGUUACUGCCUGUA